AUGUUCGGUACAAUGAUUAACUACUGGUAUUUCACGGGCGACACUACUUACAAUGCCAUGACUAAAAGAGCCCUUCUGCACCAGACAGGUGAGGAUGGGGAUUACAUGCCACUCAACCAAACUAAGACACUCGGUAAUGAUGAUCAGAGCUUCUGGGGACUCGCCGCAAUGAUGGCUGCCGAAACCAAAUUUGAGAAUCCGGAAAAGAACGAAUUCCAGUGGCUUGAAUUGGCCCAGGGCGUCUUCAACACCCAAGUGCCGCGCUGGGAUGCCCAAACUUGCGGUGGGGGACUACGCUGGCAAAUUUUUCAAUUUAACAGUGGCUUCACCUACAAAAAUAGCAUCUCCAAUGGUUGCUUCUUUAAUCUCGCCUCGCGUCUAGCCCUCUUUACUGGAAACCAAACCUACGCUGACUAUGCCGAUAAAACCUGGAAAUGGAUGACAGACAUUGGUCUCAUGACGUCGGACUACAAGGUUUUUGAUGGCACGCAAGUGACAAACAAUUGUGCCUCACUGGACCACAACCAGUGGACAUAUAACGUUGGUGUCUUUAUGCUCGGAUCGGCUGCCAUGUAUAACUUUACCAAUGGAAGUCCCGUGUGGGAGGAACGAGUUAAAGGGCUUCUCAAGUCGGCUCAAAACUUCUUCCAAAAUGGCGUCUUGUUCGAGGGGUGCGAGAGCAGCGGGAAGUGCAAUAUUGAUCAGCGCUCCUUCAAGGGGUAUCUCGUCCGCUGGCUCGCGGCCACGGCUGAAUUAGCGCCCUUCACUCACGACACCAUUAUGCCGCUGCUCACGAGCUCAGCCAAGGCUGCUGUCAAGACCUGCACGGCAGGUGCCAGCGGUUCUCAAUGUGGUCUGCAGUGGACCAUGGAAGCCCAUGACGGCAGUCUAGGUGUCGGUGAGCAGAUGUCUGUGCUCGAGGUCAUCCAGAGCCACCUGCUUAGUAGUGCACCCGGAUGGGCGUCGGAAGUCAAAGGCACGAGUAUUAGCGUCGGCAACGCUAAUGCUGGCUCUGGCUCUGGCACCCACUCCCUCAUGGUUUCGCAUCCCUCCACUGUCGCUGAUCGUGUCGGCGCCGGCUUCCUGACUCUGCUAAUGCUCGUCGGCGUCAUUGCCGGUAGUGUAGCUAUGGCCAUUGGCGACUAG